AUGAUGGAGCAAGUCUUGCCCGAUGCAGAGACACGUUCGCUUGAAACUGAAAACGUGUAUAUUGCUACGAUCGAGCCUAAACAAACAAACAAUGUUCUCAAAUUUAUCCGUGGUCAACUGCCUCCGACAAAAGAUUUGGACCAUUUAAAGCAAAUCCGCAAGUUAACAGAGAACGGAGUGGUGAAGUUAGACAUCGUACUUUGCCAAGAAUCAGCCAUUACUUUAGCUGAUCUGGAGACGCUACUUACCACAUUUGAGCUUGCCGAGAAUGUCAGGCCAAGGAUCCAUGGUGUACCCAAGUUUCCACCAUUGACCCGAAAUCAGUUUGAGACUUGGAAGAUGGCCUGGCCGAUUUCUUUUCGAGAAGAUAUCACUAGACAUCCAGAAGUCUCGGACGCAGAGCUAGAGACGAUCAUGAGGCAUAUGCGCUAUACUUGGGAACUCACUAAAGAUGCAGUAUCAAAGGGAGAGCUUCCAAGCGUAGCUGCAAUAGUGAAUCCGGCAAUACAGCAGGUUCUGGCGACUGCAUAUGAUACCAGGAACAGCACCAAACAUAUUCUUAACCAUGCAGUCAUGAACUGUAUUGAGCAAGUAGCAAGUCGAGAGCGGUCAGCAUUUGAACACCACAUGAGGAACAAGGAGACGGAUGGAAAUGAUGACGGUAGUAUGCAAACACAGGCACGCGAAUCAUCCCCAGUAUGUGGAGAUAAACGAAAAGAACAUCCUGACACCCCUACUGACAACACUGUCUCAGUAUCGUUAUCAUCACCACUUAUUGAGGGUUCGGCUCAUAAGAGAUUGGCACUCCAAGCGGGCGAUACAUUUGCGGAACAAACUCAGUCUGUUGCAACAGUCAUGGUUGAAAAAGAGGAUGAUCAAGGCCAAGAAGUAGUAGUUGUAGUAGAAAGCGAGACUAAGGAUGAGGGAGAGAAUACGCAACCAAAGAAAGCAUAUCUUUGCACCGGCUAUGAUGUUUAUUUGACACAUGAGCCUUGCGUGAUGUGCUCGAUGGCUUUAGUUCAUUCACGAAUAGGACGUGUAUUUUACACGAUCCCGAUGAAGGGUUCAGGGGGGCUCGGUAGUAUUUACAAAAUUCAUAGUCAUCCUAGCUUGAACCAUCAUUUCUUUGUGUAUAGGAAUGUUGGGUAUGAGAACCUUGGAGUUGAAGCAGGGAGCGCUAGUGAGGACAAUAGUAUAAAUGUUGCAUGGGAUAUUGACCCAACAGCCCUGGCCAUGGAAAGAGAAACGUGCCUUGACUGUUAG